AUGGAAGACGUAGAGAAGUCCAGAGUCCGUCGAGAAAUCUCUUCGUCAUUCAGGAUCAAUGCCCUUGAGGCAAAGAACACCUCGUUGUUUAACGUGUUCGAUUCCUUCUCUAUACGUCGAUUUGUGUUCGAUGCAAAUUGUCGAAAAAUGAUGUCCGUCGAUGAACCUCCCAAAGUGAUAUCUACAGUCGAUAAGGCUACUGAUGCAAUCAGACACAGGUUCCAGCUUGUAACUCAGCGAAUAGCACGCUGUAAACAACUGCAAAGCAUCAAGUUUACUACAAUAGAGACCUUGCUAGGGAGCGCACGUGUGCAGAACGAUGUCAUUGUUAUUGGCAUGCUCACGCAACAGAAGAGUCACUGCUACCAUAUUGAGGACCUGACAGGAUCAAUGCAGGUUGAAUUCAAUGAUGGAACCCGAUUUCAACACGCAAUGUUCACUGAAGGAAGUGUAGCAAUUUUCCAGGUAGUUCUGAUCUGGAUUGGAAUGUGUUCU